AUGUCGGGCUGGAGAUCUGACAUGACUUGUUUCGGAGCUGGCCCUUGGAGGGUUGCCAGGGAAACGGUUGGCCAGCUCCAGAGAUCCCGGGGCGAGGGAGGUGGGCGGGCCGUGCAGGGGGCCAGCGACCACAACCACGGCCGUCGGCCGGCGCCCUGCUGGUGGCAGCCGGCUACCCAAACAAAGCAGCAUGCGCUCGUGGCCCGCGGAGCCGGCCGGGGAGCCGAGUGCGGAGGCCACCCCACCUACGCGGGGAGAGGCUGCGCGCGGCGCCCGCCCCCCGGGCGCGCGGAGGGGGUUCCGGGUCCCUCCAGGACCGCGGAGCCGGGCCGAGGGACCACGGGCCCGCGAGCGCGCGCCGGGCGGAACCAGGAAGCGGCGCGCCCCCGCGCGCCAGGGCCUCCGCGGCAAGCGGCGCGCGCGCCCCCGUGGGCCGCGGCGCGAGGAGAGUCGGCGGCCGGAGCCGUCACCCGGGGCGGGGACCCUGCUCAGGCGACUACGCGCGGCGGCCCGGCGGAGGGAGGGAGCGAGCGAGCGAGAGGGCGCGAGGCAGCCGCUGGGGCCAGAGCGGCCGAGCGAGAUUGUAAACCAUGGCUGUGUGGAUACAAGCCCAGCAGCUCCAAGGCGAUGCCCUUCAUCAAAUGCAAGCAUUAUAUGGUCAGCAUUUCCCCAUUGAGGUGCGGCAUUAUUUAUCCCAAUGGAUUGAAAGUCAGGCAUGGGACUCAAUAGAUCUUGAUAAUCCACAGGAGAACAUUAAGGCCACCCAGCUCCUGGAGGGCCUAGUGCAGGAGCUGCAGAAGAAGGCGGAGCACCAGGUGGGGGAAGAUGGGUUCUUACUGAAGAUCAAGCUGGGGCACUAUGCCACGCAGCUCCAGGUGCGUGUGAACAUCGGCCAUGCUGAACUCUUCCAAGAGGGACUCUUCCUUCAUUUAGUAUGACCUGUAGAGAUCUUCUCUCUCUUCUUCACGCCAGGGUUGUUGAGUUAUGUGUUAUGUGUAUACAGCUCUUGUUGUUUGGUUUUGUGGUUCUAGCUGUCUUUCUUUAAACUUUUUAUUUGAAAAUAGUAUCACAUUUACAGAAAGGUGCAAGAUGGACGCAGAGAACCCCUACAUAUGUCGAGAUUCACCUGUGGUUAACAUGUGCUUUAUCGUAUUCUCUCUCCACACACACACAUUUGUCACCACUUGAGAGCAAGUUGCCUACCUCCUGCCCCUUUGCCCCUCAGUACUCCCAUGUGCAGUUUCUAAGAACACAGACCUUCUCUGCCAUAGUUAGCCCACAGCUGCAACUGUGGUGAUAGUUCCUUAGUCACAGUUGUCAACUGCAGUACAUCUAACAUUGACACAACACUUCCGAGUAAUCUUAUAUCUGUAUUUUUGUUUUGUCCUGUUUUUUUCCCUCCAGUCUAGGAUCCAGCCCGAGAUCACCUAUCACACAUAUUAUAUCUAUUUAAUCUGGAACUGUUUCUCAACCUUCUUUGUCUUUCAUUACAUUGACAUUUUCAAAUACUUCAGCCCCUCUAUUUUUAAAGAUAAAAAAAAAGAUAGAAUGUACUUCACUUUGGGUUUGUGUGAAGGUUCCUCAUGAUUAGAUUUAGGUUAUACACCCCUGAUCAGAACCAUAAAAAAGGAUGUUGUGUCCUUUCUCGUGUGUCACAUCUGGGGACAUCCAGUCAUGGCUGGUGGUGCUUUUGAUUACCCAGUCCAGGUGGCAUCCAGUUUCUUCUCUGAGGUGGCCUUUUUGAAAUUUUUCCUAUUUUCAGUAAUGACUCCCUAGCACUUUAGGCAAAUUAGGAUACAAGAAAUAAAAUAAUCUUACCUUGUUCUCUUACCUUGUUCCUGUACAUGGGUUUCCUGAAGUGUGCUUUUCCUCACCUGCAUUGGUAUUGUAGACACAGCAUUCCUCGUGAUUACACCAUCGUGUCUCCAGCAGCCUCCUCUAUCAUAUGACCUUACCCUCUGUUCCGAGCUAGG